AUGGCAGCCCGCAGUGCCAUCAGACCGUCCCAGAGUGCCGUAGCUGCUACCGCUUCCAGGCACUUCGCUGGAAAAACUACACCAAGUGGAGGUCAGUGGCAAGCUGUUGAUGGCUGCACUGCGACCUGUCAUGUUUCCUAUGCUAUGACGGAUACCUCCUACAUCUUCCCUAUUACUCCCUCGUCCCCUGCUGCUGAGCUCGCUGAGCAGUGGUCAGAGCUCGGAGUUAAGAAUGCCUUCGGUGAUGUUGUGAAGAUCACGCAGAUGCAGUCCGAAGCUGGUGCUGCCGGUGCCCUUCACGGUGCUUUGGCUGCUGGUUCGUUGGCGACUACUUAUACUGCCAGUCAAGGUCUCCUCCUUAUGGUUCCCAACAUGUACAAAAUAGCUGGUGAACUUCUCCCUUGCGUUAUGCAUGUGGCCGCCAGAGCCCUUGCUGGUCAGUCCCUGUCCAUUUUCGGUGAUCAUCAGGAUGUCAUGGCCGUUCGUCAGACCGGUUUCGCCAUGAUCAACUCUGACACUGUGCAGGAGUCGCACGAUAUGGCUCUCAUUGCCCACUUGGCCACCCUUCGUGCUCGUGUGCCCUUCGUCAAUUUCUUCGAUGGCUUCCGCCUUUCUCACUGUAUCGAGAAGAUUGACACCAUGCCUUACAACGACAUGCGCAAGCUGAUCGACAUGAAGCCCUCAAUGACCACCGUUCCCGUGCUCUUAACCCCAAUCGCCCUACGUUCGCGGCACUAA